AUGGUGGUGAUCGAGCUCGAGCCGGAGCCGGAGGUCGAGGUCGAGGAGACGGCGUGCCCCUCGAUGCCCCCGGAGUACGUGGCCGCCGCGGACCCGACGACGGCGGAGGAGGACGAGGAGGAGGCCUUCGAGGACGCGCUCACCGACGAGCAGCUGCGGGAGAAAGCUAGAAGCCAAGCGAAUGAUGCAAAAGCAGAAGGGAACAAACAUUUUGGAGCUGGAGAAUACGAGGAGGCAUUAUCCCGAUAUGAAAUUGCAUUGCAAAUCGCUUCUGAGCUGGAAUCUUCUGAAGAUAUAUGCUCUGCAUGCCAUUCUAAUCGUGCUGUAUGUUUCUUGAAAUUGGGGAAAUAUGAUGAAACAAUUAAGGAGUGCAGCAGAGCACUUGAGCUGAAUCCUUCAUAUGUGAAGGCCCUGCUUCGGAGGGGAGAAGCACAUGAAAAGCUCGAACACUAUGACGAGGCUAUAGCUGACAUGAAAAAAAUAAUUGAGCUGGAUCCUUCAAAUGCACAAGCUAAGAAAUCGCUGUUCCGACUUGAGCCACUGGCAGCAGAGAAAAGAGAAAAGAUGAAGGAAGAAAUGCUGGCAAAGCUGAAAGAUUUGGGCAACUCGGUGCUGGGGCGCUUUGGAAUGAGCGUGGACAAUUUCAAGGCUGUUAAAGAUCCAAACACUGGCUCAUACUCUCUUUCAUUCGAGAAGUAGCAUCGUGUAAUGAAAUAUACAGAUGAAUGUGGCUUGGGAGUCUAU